ACUAUUUGGCAUGUUUGUCAAGCCAAGUAAUUACAUUCUUAAAAGGGAAUUGAGUGUAAUUGGAGGGGUGUAAUUACACUCUCCAAUUCUCAAGGGGGGGUUGAGAAUUGGGUGUAAUUACACCCUGUAAUUACAUGCCUAACUUUUCAGAUAUCUUUUUUCGGUCAUUAUUUCAUCUGGAAAACAAAAGGACAUAUCAUUUCUUUCCAACAAACGGCAACAGUGCUCUUCACUUCAACCUCCAACUAAGAUCUUUUCUUUCCCCUUUUUUUAUUUCAUAUAUUUGAUUUCUUGGUAGCUAAUUUAUGUAUCUAAUCUUUGUAUUUUCUCCUACAUGUUCCUGAAGAAUAGAAUACAAGAACUAAAAUUUUCUCUAAUUUCUGAUAAUAAUAUAAGAAAUAAUUUUUUAAAAUAUUAAAAUUUAUUUACCUAAGCCUAGUCUCAAGUAAAUUAUUAUUUGAUAAAAAAUAUGUUGAUGAGAUAUCUCAGUACGACCUAUGUACAUUCCAUUUUUUUUUUUUUUUUUUUUUUUUUUUUUUAGCAUAGGUAUGCUCUACAAACAUUCUUUAGCUCUAAAAUUAGCAAGAUCCUCACUGUUCUUAUGAUGCUAUAUGACGUUGGAUGAUAUUAGGGGAAAACUUGAUUUAGUUUUAAUUGACUUGAGGUGAGCUUUUGGUUGAAUGGCAUUCUUUGUAUUUUAAAUUAUUAGCUUCUAUACAGUGAGUCUUGAAGGUGCAAAUGUCAAAUAGGUUAAGCUAGAGCACAAAAGGGGAACUUGUUUAAAUAUUGUCUGUAUUUGAGCAAUGGGUAACAAAUAAAUUAGGUAACUUUCCUUUAUAAUUUCAUUUAUGUAGGAUGACAAUUAGCCAACCACCUAAGGUUGGAAAACCAUACACCAAAUGGAGUGAAGUUCAAGACGAACAUUUCAUUUAUUUUAUUGCUGAACAAGUUAAGUUGGGAAGAACGCAACAAGGAGGAUUAACGACCGAAGGAUGGGAUGGUGUAGAAAGAGAAAUGAAUAAGCUAUACGGGGACAAGUUAGAUAAGACUAAAAUGAAAAAUAGGAUGAGGACAUUGAAGAAAACAUAUGCUACUAUGAAGAGAAUGAUACAACAUAGUGGAUUUGGGUGGAAUGAGGAAACUCGAAAAGUUGAUGCUGAAGAUGAUGUCUGGGAGCAGUACCUUGCAGCUCACCCAAAAGAUGCUCAAUAUAGAACAAAGAAGCUGCCAGAUUAUAGUACUUUGGCUUUGAUUUUUGGAGAUACCGUUGCUGAUGGUAGGAAUGGGUGUGAAAUUAAUGAUGCUGAGGAUUUUCAAAAUGAGUUUUCCGAUGAUGAUAUAACUGCUGAAAAAGUUACUACACCUGCUUCUGAAGAUGUACAAUUUGUGGACAAUGACCAUGGAUGUUUUGAUCAGAAUAUAAACUUUACGAGUAAUGAAGUAACUCAAUCAUCUAGUCAAGAUAAGAGAGCAGGAAAACGACGUUUAGCUGAGCAACCAACUUUGACAUCACGUCCAAAAAGAAUUAGAAACUCUAUUGGAAGCAGCUUGGCUAAAUCUGUUGAUAGAUGGACAUCAAUAGCUGAGGAACAAAUAAGGCUACAACAUGAACCAAAAAACACGUCUGCGGAGAAAUUAAUGCCUUUGAUAUUGGAACUAGGCUUGUGUGAUGAAUGGAAUAUACAAAUUAUUGACCUCCUAACAAAUGAGAGAAAUGCUGAAUUCUUUGCUGCUAUGGCUCCAGAACUUCGGAAGAAAUGGGCCACGAGCAAACUUGCUUUAUUUGAGUGAUGUCGUUAAAAGCAUGUUUUGUUGUUUGAGCAAUGUUAUGGGCUAGUAUCUUGUUCUCUUUUGGAUUAUAUAUUCCUUGAGUUUUGCUGGAAACUUAUCAUAUGUUUUGUUGAACUUUGACAUGAAAAUAUUAUGUUAUCUCUUUUUUGUUUUGAA